AUGGCCGGCAGAGGCGCUGACCAUGACAGCGCUCUCAAGACGUCUCUACAAGCCGUUCACGCUUCAUCUGCGCCGGCUUCAUCACGGUCGAGGCCUGGGUCAUCUCAGUAUCGUGGCAGGGGCUCGCCGGACCCUCGACAUGUGGCGGUUGCGCUUCACCAUGCCCGUCAGAUCCAGAGCCGCAAAGAGCUGGAGCUCCUGAUACUGUCACAUAUCGAAACGCUGAUGGAACUACCUACGACACCGAAUGCUACGGUCGAUUCGCCCUCUGCUGAAGACCCGUCAGACUACGACAAUUUGAUACAGGAACGGAACAUAGACGGUAGCUGUGGCUAUACCUUGUGUCCCAAGCCACGGAGAAAGGAUAACGCUAAAGGGGGAUACCGGAUCGUUUGGGGGUCAAAGGGCAGCGGCCCCGGUGGCCGUGGCAAGGAGAUGAAGGUGGUGCAGAAGGAGAAGCUUGAGAUGUGGUGUUCUGAAGAGUGUGCCGAGAGAGCGAUGUAUAUCAAGGUCCAGCUCAGCGAGAAACCAGCUUCGGAGAGGAUGGCAAAUGGGAGCAGGAGCUUUGUCUUGCUGGAUGAAGUCAAACGUGCCGAUUCCUCGAGAUCACAUACCGAACAGGCGGUUGACAGCAUGAGAACAGUGGAGGAGAAUUUCCAGGGGCUUACGCUACAGGGAAAUCAAGCCUAUAGCCACGAUCAUCUAUCUCGUGAACUGCAGGAGUUGACGAUGCAAGAUCGAGGGGCUCAGUCGUUAGAUCCUCGUGGCCAGAGCGGUGCUGGAACAGGUUUACUCACACCAACAGUUGUUGAGAGAGAUACCGAUGAUUCAAGAUACCCCAAGGCCCCCGUUUUCCAGCCUGACAGUGCACAAGGAGGCUCUGUGGAGGGUUUUCAUCCCAGACAGGACACACAGUUUAGAAACUGGGCCCCCAACAGAGAUGGUGAUGGAGACGAAGAUAUGGAUGACUUAUUGCCGCAGAUAUAA